UCUCACUCAGCAAGCCCGUUCUCUGAUAAUUAACAUGGCCUCGUCUUCUUCCUUUCCCUCUCUAAUGUUUGCAGUGCGGAGAUGCCAACCUGAGUUGGUGGCUCCUGCUAUACCCAGUACUCCCCAUGAACUUAAACCACCAUUAUCCGACAUAGAUGAUCAAGAAGGUCUUCGUUUCCUCGUUCCAAUGAUUCAGAUUUAUCGAAACGAGCCAUCGAUGGCAGAGAAAGACCCAGCUAAAGUCAUUCGACAAGCACUCGCAAAAACACUUGUGUUUUAUCACCCAUUUGAAGGUAGGCUUAGGGAGGAGCCUGACCGAAAAUUGAUGGUGGAUUGUACUGGGGAUGGUGCCUUGUUCAUCGAAGCUCAUGUUGACAUAACACUUGAUCAGAUUGGUGAUGCACUCCAACCUCCAUUGAUCAUUCCCAUGCUUCCAAGAAUUUAUAUUGUUUGAAUUUUAGAGGAUUUUAUAAAAUACCAAUAUAACCACCA